AUGUUUUAUUUCCAGCUGGUCAUCAUGGCAGGGACCGUUCUGCUGGCGUAUUAUUUCGAGUACACGGACACUUUCCCCGUACACGUCCAGGGAUUCUUCUGUUUCGACAAAGCCUACUCCAAGCCGUGCCCAGGACCAGAGGACAACAGCAAGGCGCCUCCCGUUCUCGUCUACUCCCUCGUCACUGCCAUCCCCACUGUGACGAUUCUGAUUGGAGAAGUGACCAGUUUCUUUGUAAAGACAGAAGGCGCUCAGGAGAAGACCAUAGUGACUGCUGACUGCUGUUAUUUCAACCCUCUCCUCCGUAGGAUAGUUCGCUUUUUGGGUGUUUACUCCUUUGGUCUUUUUACCACUACUAUUUUUGCCAACGCUGGACAAGUUGUGACAGGAAACCAGACACCUCAUUUCUUGUCCACCUGCAAGCCAAAUUACACAGCUCUGGGCUGCCAGUCUCCUCUGCAGUACAUCACAGAGCUCCGAGCCUGCACGGGGAACCCUUUCCUGGUGGUAUCCGCUCGCAAGUCCUUCCCCUCCAAAGAUGCGGCCCUCAGCUUUUAUUCGGCCAUCUACACAGUGAUGUAUGUGACCCUGAUGUUCCGGACCAAAGGAACCCGACUGAUGAAGCCCACCAUAUGCUUGGUGCUGCUCUCUCUGGCUGUGCUGGUGGGAGUAGUCAGGGUGACUGAACACAGAAACCAUUGGAAUGACAUCCUGGCUGGAUUUGUGACGGGAGGGGCCAUCGCUGCAUUCCUGAGGUUUAAUGCAGCCAAUUCCCUCUCCGUGUCUCUCCCGCCUGUAUUCUCUCCUACGUACAGGCUCCAGGGUUACCGUAUUCUGAGAUCACAUGACCAUCAGCCAACCCCGUCCCCCGUCCCUCCAGAUGUGCUCCUCCCGCCAAGACGUUGCCUCACCAGCGCAGUCUAG